AUGGAGUACUGGGAAACUGACUAUUCCAGAAGGAAUGAAUGUAUCCAAGGACAUGGAUACGUAAAAAAUGUGCCGGAUCAUGCCCGGUACCGCGCCCGGGAGCGGCGGGCGCGUUUUGUGGGCAAGAACGGUGCCUGCAACGUGGCCCAUAAAAACAUCCGGGAGCAGGGACGCUUCCUUCAGGACGUCUUCACCACCCUGGUGGACCUCAAGUGGCCCCACACGCUGCUCAUCUUCACCAUGUCUUUCCUCUGCAGCUGGCUGCUCUUCGGCAUGGUCUGGUGGCUCAUUGCCUUUGCCCACGGAGACCUGGACCACAGCACCCGGCUGCAGCGUGACCCCAGAGAGGGGGCGGCGGGGGCUCCGGCCAGCUUUGUGCCCUGUGUGACCAGCAUCCACUCCUUCACCUCUGCCUUCCUCUUCUCCAUCGAGGUGCAGGUGACAAUUGGCUUUGGGGGACGCAUGGUGACAGAGGAGUGCCCAGCUGCCAUCCUGGUGCUGAUCGUGCAGAACAUCGUGGGGCUGGUGAUCAAUGCCAUCAUGCUGGGCUGCAUCUUCAUGAAGACCUCUCAGGCCCAUCGCCGGGCUGAGACCCUCAUCUUCAGCAAGCACGCGGUCAUCGCCCUGCGGGAGGGCAAGCUCUGCUUCAUGCUGCGGGUGGGUGACCUCCGGAAGAGCAUGAUCAUCAGCGCCACCAUCCGCAUGCAGGUGGUGAAGAAGACUGCCAGCCUGGAGGGGGAGGUGGUGCCCCUCAACCAGAUUGACAUCCAGAUGGAGAACCCCGUGGGGGGCAACAGCAUCUUCCUCGUCUCCCCACUCAUCAUCUACCACGUGAUAGACAAGAACAGCCCCCUCUACGACAUCUCCCCCGUGAACCUUCACCACCAUGAGGACCUGGAGAUCAUCGUCAUCUUGGAAGGGGUCGUGGAGACCACCGGCAUCACCACUCAAGCCAGAACCUCCUACCUGGCGGAUGAAAUCCUCUGGGGCCAAAGGUUUGUGCCCAUCGUGGCAGAGGAAGAUGGGCGAUACUCUGUGGACUACUCUAAAUUUGGCAACACAGUGAAAGUGCCCACCCCUUCGUGCACUGCUAGGCAGCUGGAGGAGGACAAGAGCAUUAUGGACACCAUGCCAUUGUCCCCUAGAGGCACAAUAAGGAAGAGGUCUGUCAAGCUAAAGCCCAAGUUUACCAUAAGCGAUGAGCCCUCCUGA